AAGAUGAUCCUGAAAAUAUUAAAAAAGACGUCAAUAAACAUGUUCAUUUGACAUUGGCAACAGACUACAAUGCUGCCAGAGUUCAUGACUAUUAUGUUUCGUUAGCUCAUACUGUUUGGGAGAGAUUGGCCACUCGUUGGUUAAGAACAUUACAGCAUCACUAUAAACAUGAUCACAAGCGAGUUUAUUAUCUUUCUCUUGAAUUUUAUAUGGGUCGUACUCUUUCGAAUGCCAUGCUUAAUCUUGGCCUAUCGGACUGUGUAGAGGAUGCAUUAUUUGACGUAAGACAAUUUGUUCUUAAACUUAGCUAA